AUGUUGAACAACGUUAAAAUUCCCGAAUUCGUAACCGAUGAAGAGCACCCGAUUGGAUAUAUUGUAACCAGCAUUCAUGAUUUUGUAAAUGAUAGUGUUAGAUUAGUAAGAAAAUGUACAAAACCAAGUAAAAAGGAAUAUACAAAUAUUGUAUGUGCUUGUACGAUUGGAUUUUUAAUUAUGGGACUUAUUGGAUAUACAAUCAAAUUAGUAUUUAUUCCGAUCAAUAAUAUAUUUGUUGGCUCCUACUAA